AUGGUGCCUCGUUCUGAUGAUGUCCGUCAUAUGACGGACGAAAGCCUAGCACCUUUUCACCGGAAUCGAAGGAGUUUGCCUCGGAAACAGCGUCAGCAUGAAUCUUCCAGUAAAGCCAAUCGACAGCUGGUGAAGAGAAAUCCGCCGUCGUCUUCUGGUGGAACCGACCUUCGAAUCUCUUCACCCAACACUUUUACUCGAAAUGAAAGUAAACUCAACACUCAAAUGUUCCGAGUGAUUAGAGUUGAGUAG